AUGCAGGUGGCUCUCAAGGAGGAUCUGGAUGCAAUAAAGGAGAAGUUUCGAACUAUGGAAUCUAAUCAAAAGACAUCAUUCCAAGAGAUUCCUAAACUGAAUGAAGAUUUGGUGCAGAAGCAAAAGCAACUAGAACAAAUUGAGACUGGAGAACUGGGGCUAAAUAAAAUUUGGAUAAAUAUCACAGAGAUCAAUAAACAGAUAUCACUAUUGACCUCAACAGUAAAUCAUCUCAAAAGCAACAUAAAGGCUGCUUCUGAUCUGAUUUCUCUUCCUAUCACAGUAGAGAAACUUCAGAAGACUGUAGCGAACAUAGGUAGCACGCUUACCAGUGUUUCCCAUGAUGUUGAAAAUAUACAGACAGCUAUCGAAGAAUACAAGAAAUCCAUAGAAAUACUUCAGAACGAUACGGAAUUAAAACAGAUACCUUCACUUCCCUCCACUGUUGUGCCAAGGACUGAGAGAAAUCAGACAGAAAAUUGCAAACAGGAAAGCCAGUCACUGCAUGCAGCUUUGGAGGAGCUAAAUAAUUCUGUAGUGGUGUACCAAAAGUUGAAUGAUAUCAAGCUUUUAAAUGUGGAUUCAAGCAUUGGUGACCUUAGCCGGAGGGUUAUGCUGUUAGAAAACUUUCCCCUUGCUGUGAAUAAUCUGGACAAAAAAGAGAACUUGUCUACCAGUGUGGGGAAUGAUGCAACUACCUCUCUAAAAGUGGAAAAUGAAGAUCAACUAGAUAAUGAAACUCAUUCAUAUAAAGAACUAAAGGAAACAGGAACUAGAGAUUCUCAGGUAUCAAAACUAAGAGAGAAGCUUCAGCUGAUCAGUGCUCUAACAGGCAAGCCAGAAAAUGACAGACCCAUUGAGACAUCAAAGAAUGUUGGAAGUAGUCCGAGUACUACGGCAAAGCCCACAGACCUUUCAAGGCUGGCUUCAAGGUCAGCUGAUGACAACACAGAGGGAAACGGACAGCUGAGACAUCUGUCCUUACCAGGAAUUUCCAGCAUCGAAGAUCUUCAGAAUUUGUUUGAAAAAGCAAGUGAAGAUGUUGAUGGAAAACUAUCAUAUGAAGAUCUUCAAAAGCUGCUUGGCUCUACAACCCCAGAGUCAUGGAGCUUUAAGAAAUUUGACACAGAUGGAGAUGAGAAAUACUCAUUACAAGAACUGAGAUUAGCUUUAGGUGUAUAGGUUAUAUAUUUAGAAAUGUGAUAUUGAUGGAUGCUACUGUAGCUAAAGGAAACUACGGGACAUGAAAAACUACGUCUGCACUUUCCCAGUGUUUUACUGAUCUUUGGAGCUAAAUUACUGUACACAUUGCCACCUCUUUUUGUUUGCAUUUAUUGAAAAGAAAUUUACAAAUUUCUGUGUCGAUAGGACAUAAUAUUGGGACUAUGUUAAAUUCCAGAAAAUUCCCAAACUUGGAAACAUUUUCCUUUCAUUCUUUCCUUUUCAAAGGAGUUCUUUUUAAUUUAAAAUGUGUACAUACGAAAAUAAAACUAUGGUUUUAUAUUUCACUGAAAUUUGCCUUAAAUUAGAGAGCUGCACUUUAUGUAGAGCAGAAGGAAAUCUGUCUUGUAAAGAUGGCCGCCUUCUGCUUGUAAAUAUCUGAGAUAGA